CGGCGGCGCCAGAGCGCGAGCGUGGCGCGGUGGCGAGAGGAGCCGCGCGUGGCGCCGAGCUCGGGACAGCGCGGCGGGGCCGCCCGCACCGCCCCCCGCCCCGCCAUGGCCACCGCCCGACCGGGGGCCCCCCCGCCGCCGCUCCCCCUCCUCCUGCUCCUGCUGCUCCCCGGCGGCCGCCGCGCUCUAGAGGAGACCCUGAUGGACACGAAGUGGGUGACCUCUGAGUUGGCAUGGACAACUCAUCCGGAGACAGGGUGGGAAGAAGUCAGCGGUUACGAUGAGGCCAUGAACCCCAUCCGCACGUACCAGGUGUGCAAUGUGCGGGAGGCCAGCCAGAACAACUGGCUUCGCACCAAGUUCAUCCAGCGCCAGGAUGUCCAGCGCGUCUAUGUGGAGCUGAAGUUCACCGUGCGGGACUGCAACAGCAUCCCCAACAUCCCUGGCUCCUGCAAAGAGACCUUCAACCUCUUCUAUUAUGAAUCGGAUACAGAUUCUGCCUCUGCAAACAGCCCUUUCUGGAUGGAGAACCCCUAUAUCAAAGUGGAUACAAUUGCUCCGGAUGAGAGCUUCUCCAAAUUGGAGUCUGGCCGUGUGAACACCAAGGUGCGCAGCUUUGGCCCUCUCUCAAAAAAUGGUUUUUACCUGGCCUUCCAGGACCUGGGAGCCUGCAUGUCCCUCAUCUCCGUCCGGGCUUUCUACAAGAAAUGCUCCAACACCAUUGCUGGCUUUGCUAUCUUCCCGGAGACUUUAACAGGAGCCGAGCCCACCUCUCUGGUCAUUGCACCAGGCACCUGCAUUCCCAAUGCAGUGGAGGUAUCUGUACCCCUGAAGCUGUACUGCAAUGGCGAUGGCGAGUGGAUGGUACCUGUGGGAGCGUGUACAUGUGCCGCUGGAUAUGAGCCAGCCAUGAAGGAUACCCAGUGCCAAGCUUGUGGCCCGGGAACCUUCAAAUCUAAGCAGGGGGAAGGUCCCUGCUCUCCCUGCCCUCCUAAUAGCCGGACCACCUCCGGAGCAGCAACGGUCUGCACAUGUCGAAAUGGUUUUUUCCGUGCGGACACAGACCCCACAGACAGUGCCUGCACCAGUGUCCCCUCCGCACCCCGCAGCGUCAUCUCCAACGUGAACGAGACAUCACUGGUGCUAGAGUGGAGUGAGCCGCAGGACACAGGUGGGCGGGAUGACCUGCUCUACAACAUCAUCUGCAAGAAGUGCAGCGUGGAGCGGCGCUUGUGCACCCGCUGCGACGACAACGUGGAGUUCGUGCCGCGCCAGCUUGGCCUCACUGAGCGUCGCAUCUACAUCAGCAACCUGAUGGCCCACACCCAAUACACCUUUGAGAUCCAGGCCGUGAAUGGCAUCUCCAGCAAGAGCCCUUACCCUCCCCGUUUCGCCUCUGUCAACAUCACCACCAACCAGGCAGCCCCAUCUGCUGUGCCUACGAUGCACCUGCACAGCAGCACCGGGAACAGCAUGACGCUGUCAUGGACUCCCCCGGAGAGACCCAACGGCAUCAUUCUUGACUAUGAGAUCAAGUACUCCGAGAAGCAAGGCCAGAGCGAUGGCAUCGCCAACACAGUCACCAGCCAGAAGAACUCAGUGCGGCUGGACGGCCUGAAGGCCAAUGCUCGGUACAUGGUGCAGGUCCGGGCACGCACAGUGGCUGGAUACGGCCGCUACAGCCUCCCCACAGAGUUUCAGACAACUGCAGAGGACGGGUCCACCAGCAAGACUUUCCAGGAGCUGCCGCUAAUCGUGGGUUCAGCCACUGCAGGGCUGCUGUUCGUCAUCGUUGUGGUGAUCAUCGCUAUAGUCUGCUUCAGGAAAGGGAUGGUUACUGAACACCUCCUCUCGUCUCCUUUGGGCAGGAAGCAACGCAACAGCACAGACCCCGAGUACACAGAGAAGCUGCAGCAGUACGUUACCCCUGGGACAAAGGUCUACAUUGACCCCUUCACCUAUGAGGACCCCAACGAAGCCGUCCGGGAAUUCGCCAAAGAGAUCGACAUCUCCUGUGUCAAAAUUGAGGAGGUCAUUGGAGCAGGAGAGUUUGGCGAGGUGUGCCGUGGGCGCCUGAAGCUGCCCGGCCGCCGCGAGAUCUUCGUGGCCAUCAAGACACUGAAGGUGGGCUACACGGAGCGGCAGCGGCGGGACUUCCUGAGCGAGGCCAGCAUCAUGGGCCAGUUUGACCACCCCAACAUCAUCCACCUGGAGGGUGUGGUGACCAAGAGCCGCCCUGUCAUGAUCAUCACAGAGUUCAUGGAGAACUGUGCACUCGACUCCUUCCUCCGGCUGAACGAUGGGCAGUUCACAGUCAUCCAGCUGGUGGGGAUGCUGCGAGGCAUUGCCGCUGGCAUGAAGUACCUUUCAGAGAUGAAUUAUGUGCACCGGGAUCUGGCCGCCCGCAACAUCCUGGUCAACAGUAACUUGGUCUGCAAAGUGUCUGACUUCGGGCUCUCUCGCUUUCUGGAGGAUGACCCAGCUGACCCCACCUACACCAGCUCCCUGGGGGGCAAGAUUCCGAUCAGAUGGACAGCUCCUGAGGCCAUUGCCUACCGCAAAUUCACUUCAGCCAGCGACGUGUGGAGCUAUGGCAUCGUCAUGUGGGAAGUGAUGUCCUACGGGGAGCGACCCUACUGGGACAUGUCCAACCAAGAUGUGAUCAACGCAGUGGAGCAGGAUUACCGCCUGCCACCCCCCAUGGACUGCCCCACAGCGCUGCACCAGCUGAUGCUGGACUGCUGGGUGCGGGACCGCAACCUGCGUCCCAAGUUUGCACAGAUCGUCAAUACGCUGGACAAGCUCAUCCGCAAUGCUGCCAGCUUGAAAGUCAUUGCCAGCGUCCAGUCUGGCAUCUCCCAGCCACUCCUGGACCGCACCGUCCCGGAUUACACCACCUUCACCACUGUGGGAGACUGGCUGGAUGCCAUCAAAAUGGGACGGUACAAGGAGAACUUUGUUAAUGCUGGAUUUGCCUCCUUCGACCUGGUGGCACAGAUGACCGCGGAAGACCUGCUGAGGAUAGGGGUGACGCUAGCAGGGCACCAGAAGAAGAUCCUGAGCAGCAUUCAGGACAUGAGGCUGCAGAUGAACCAGACGCUCCCGGUGCAGGUUUGACCACAGGGGACUCUGCAUUGGAACGGACCGAGGGAACCUGCCAACUAGGUUCAGUUUGCGGUGCAGCCCGGCUUCCCGUUUCCCCCUUCACACGGCGCUCCUCUGCCUCGGACGGUCGCCUGGGACGGGACGGGAUGGGCCACCCUUCCCUGGAUCAGAGGCACUCGUGCCGAGAGGGAGCCCAGCUUUUCGUCCCGUGUCCUGGAGCGGCGAGGCAGCAACACAUCUUCAUAUUGAAGAUGGAUUAUGAGACAGAGAUGGCACAUCCUGCUUCCCGCCCUGUCUCGGUGCUCAUCGGUUUGAAGAGUUGUUCUGCUUCUUGGAUUUCUUUUCACCCCAUUUUCCCCCCAAGUCCUCACUUCCCUCCCCUCCCUGAGGCCACAGACUGUUGACCCGUCCGCUGAGUCCGUCAGACACGUCCGAAGCCUUCCCUAACUCUGGUCCCCACGUGGAAGCAGCCGGGGGAGGCCAAGCCAGUGACGGGGCCGGGGCAUAUUGGCCCCAGACAAUCACUCCUUUCCUCCAGCCCUGGCGGCCCCUCCACCCAAGGGUCUGCACUGGAACAUGUCCAGAGGGAAGGCUUCGCUCCCUUUCUUGGCUUUGCACGCCAGAACCCAAACCCCAUGAGAUUUACUGUGCAGGGAGUUAGGCAAAAAAAAAAAAAGGAAAAAAAAAAAAGAAAAAAGAUACCUAUUAAAAAAAUAAGAGGGAGCAGAAAGGGGAGGGAGGGAGACCAGGCACCCGGCUCCACAUCUCUUACCCUCUUGGUUCUCCUGGCCAGCUCUGGACUGCAGAGCGAGGCCAUCAGCACGUUUGCACAGGGACCCUCUGCCCCCGGACCAACGGCAGCUGCGCUCCCCCCCGAGGGGCCGGAGAGCAUGGCUGGUGCGGGGGCUGCGCCGGGGGCUGAGGCCCAGCCUCCCCCAGCCUCCUCUUUUAUGCAGAAGGAGUGGGUGCCGCCGGCACGGCCGCCCCACUCCUGACACACGCUGUGAUUGCUGCCAAAAGACUCACCUACCUUUCCCUGAGGAUUCACUGCAGCCCGGUUCCUCCAAGCCGAGGGAGAGACUCCCAGCGUGCCUGAGUGUGCGUGAGUGUGUGCAUGCGUGCGUGGGUGUGUGCUGGCCGGCAGGACUGUGUGAGGCAAUGGGCAGAAUAAAGGCAAUAAGAAUUUUACCAGAGUUUCCUUUGCUCGAUCGUGCUCUCCCUGCAACAGGCGCGGCUGCCUGCAGCUUCGCUGCCCACUGGGAUCCUCCUCCCAGCUGGCCCCAGGCUGGCUCUGUGCCCCUCUCUACUCCCCUCUUCUCUUGUCGUGUAUUUGGGUGGUCCCGCAGGGUCCCCUUCGGCACUGGUGCUGCCGCAGGGUUGGGCCAGGCAGCAAUGCCAUACCCACCCUGCAAUGCCUGGGGACCCGGCGUGCUCCGCUGUGGGAUGUGUAGGGUGGAGGUUACGAGUCCCAGGGCAAAGCCAGCUGUGAAACUCCAUCUAAUGCACUCAGAGAUGCUCAUUUUUUUUACCCCAAUCCCCUCCUCAAGUCAAGCUGGAACUGCAGGAACUGUGUGAAAACCAAGCAGGGAGCAACCAAGCUCACCGCUCAUCCCACUGCCAACAGGUCCCUGCAGUCCCAGGGCUUCUCUGCAGAGCCCGUCCUCCUUUGGUCUCCCCAGGCAGAGUCCAGCCCCGAGCAGGAGUGUUGCAACAGCUGCUGGCAUCCCUGAAUCACCACUCUUGCUCCUCACCGUGAGGUGGUAGCUACUGAGCCAGGUGGGAGAACAGCAGUAGGCGGCAAGGAGAAUCCCAGGCUGCUGUCCCUGAGAGAGUAGGGCUAGGGUGUCCCCGUGCCUAUGGCCCAGGGGGGAUUGCUACCUAGUAGCCAAGUAGGACCCCCAGUUGCCCGUGAUGGGGUUUUUCAGGUGUUAACGCCCCAUCGGCUGCAGUACACCUUGCUGGCUCACUUACAGGGAUGCUUCGCUGGCAGUGCAGAGGUGCAAGUAAGGGCUUCCCAAAAAUGAGGAGAUGCACCCUUGCACUCCCCGUGCUCAGCUCUGCUCCUCUCCUCCCUGGGCUGGCUGACCAGGUGCUAUUUUUUCCUUUUCCUUGAAACUUGCCUGCCCUUGGGUUUCUCAUUAACCCUGUCAUCCUCCCCAGGGAAGAGUAAACAAGGCUGGGAGGGCAUCUGGCAGCAGGUCCUGUGGUGGGGAAUGGGCUCCCUGUACCCCACCUUCCCUCCUCCACAGGAUGUAUUGGGAAUGCUGGCUGCCAGGGACACCACAGCCCGUUUCACUGGGAUUUCCCAGCCCUGCCCACCCCAGCUUGCACCCCACCCUGGCUGCUCCCCUGACCCUGCCAUAGGUGGGACCCCAAACGGCAGCGCUGGACAGAUCUCCCUCUCCCAGGUCAGGCAAAGCAACCCAGCACUGGGAGGCUUUUAAGAGCAGGUGGCCAAAUAGCUGUCAGAGCCCAUUUUGGGCUUGCUAACCCUCUCAGCCCCCGCCAGCUGGAAGCACUGUGGGGCUCACGGGCUGCCCCUGCUGCCCUUGCUUCCCCAGUCCUGGUGCUGCAAGGAUCCUGCUGCUGCAAGGUUCGGGGUCCCACUAGCCCUGGUGCAUCCCAGGCAUCCCAACCUCAACCCUCCAUUCUGGCCUGGCUUUGCUUUGGCAGGGUUUCUACUCAUUUCAGACUGCAAACCUGCAACAAACCCAUUCUCCCAGCCUUUUCUGUGCCCACCCUGCUCCCAUGGGGCAGGAUGCUGUAUCCCUGCAGCCAGGCCCAGAUGUACCCCCAGCCUUGGCCCCCCACACUGCCCAGUUUGCACCCAUGGCUGCACCCAGCAGCUCUUCACAUGCUGUACCUGCCACCUCCCUUUUUAUACAGAUAUGUAUAGGGGGAAAGCUGUGUUCAAUGGUGAAAAAGUAAACGCAACAGCGAGAAACAGCAGCAAGGGUAAUUAAUGCGAGCGUGCGUUUGUAAAAAAUAUUUUUUAACAGAAAGACUUUUUUCAAUUAAAUUAUUUAAGGAAUUUUA